AUGGCUCUGAGGUAUUCCAAUUACAAAAAAGUAAGCUGAUUUUUUAUUUCAUUAUCAUUUUUUACUUUUAAAGAUUCCUUUAUUUUUUUAAUUUGAAUAAUUAAAAUAAUUAUUUUUUCAGAUCAUGGUCAAGUAUGAGGUGAAAAAGUUUUUGUCCGGAAUUGCCGAACUUAUUUGUGAAUUCGACGAGACGUUAGAAGUCGUUAUUGGGAAGAUCCUAAAGCGCGCUGGAAUCACCUACCAAACGUACUCGUUCACCCUGAUAGUGACUAAUCGAGAGAAAAAGAAGGUCAGCUUGGUGCCGGAAGAAGCGGGAGUAAAGCCGGUGGAAGAUGGAUACACCUACAUUAUGUCAAUUACCCUACAGAGGAAUGUAAGUGGAGUAACAACCAAUCUCGCCUUCUCAGUUAGAUCUACGCACUUUUGAAACAGCGUAGUUACCCUGAUACCACCGUGAGCAAAUAUUUUCCGAUUUCAGUUCCUCGUUAAAUACGAUAUCAGCAAGCGCGCAGCAGGUAAUUGCUAUGUCACUGUCGGACAUGACGGCACCAUUACUUCGGCCAUACCGCAAGUCUUGAAGCACGCCGGCAUCGAGCACCAACUCUACAGCGUCCAUCUUGAGAGCCACGCCGAAGCUGCGGAUGUAUUUGUUGAAUCUUAUGCCAUUCGCAUCGAUCUGCUCGAAGAGGUAAAUAUUUUCUUUUAGGUAGUUUUUGCAGCUAAUCGUUUCUGAGUCAGCUCCAAACUAGCUGUAGAAGAAUGACAUAAUCCACGAAAAAUAUUUUAAAAUUUUUCAGGUCAAAGUAACCCUGUGGAAAACCGCUUUGCCGGAAAAAAGCCCGCAAUUAUUGGACCGUCUGGACGUCGUGAUGCCCAUAGAUUCGCGAGUAAACGAACUCUACGGCAGAACUUUGGACAUUCUGGACAAGAAGAGCCAGUACUUUGAGUUUGCGGCCUACGAAUUGAAGUACAAUGUAAGCAAUCGCAAUUUUCACAAGAUGCCCUCUUGGAGUUGGACGGUUUUGUCGCCAUACCGGAUUUGUCCCCAAGACGUUCCCCCCAUUGAACUAUGGAAACAGAGACGUCGUGGGGACAAAACUGGAUUGGAGAAAAAAUCGGCUUGGAUUAUAAGAUAAUUUGAAACCUCAAAUUUCAUAUUAGAUCUCUAUUUUCAGCCCCAAAAGUUCUUCUGCGAACGGCGUUUGGUGAAACAUACAGAUCUCAUUGAUGCGAAUCAGUACAUUUUUAUUGUCAAGGUAAGAAGGCCAGCUCUUUUUCAUUUUUUUCUGAUAGAAAAGCGAAAGCUUAAAUUUUCUACAAUUGAUACGUGGCACAGACAGCAUCAAGCAUUAAAUUUUGAGUCUCUUGUUUUAAAUUUGCCUUACGUAACUAGAAACCUCAUUCCAGACUAUCGAAGACGUUGUACACGACCACUUCACUCCCACAGUUUUCAAGCUCGAGCCUCUACCAUUCGAAAUCGAACGCGAACGACAAGACAAAUUCAAGAUCGAACGAAAAAUCAAGGAAGAGGAAGAGAGAAAGCGACUGAAAAGAGAACAAAGGAAGGAAGAGAUGAGAGCGAGGAAGAAGAGAAAAUCAAUUCCUCACAGAGAACGGAAAGCCAGGAAAAAGGCCAAGAAAGCCACCAAGGAGCUGAUGAUGGCCAAACUUGGGGAAAAAAUCGAAGAACCCAGCGGAACCGAGGAGAAAGUUGAAGAUGUAGCGACUGAAAAUCCAAUCGAAAACAAUAAUAUUGCCGACCUGGACGAGGAAAUUAGCUUCUUAAGCAUGGAAGAAGAUGACUCGGAGAUUGACGACGACUUUGAUCAAAAACUUGUAAUCGCGGGUCAAGGAGUACAUUCUUUUUCGCAAAAGGAACCUUCAGAAAAGAAUAAGGAACCAAAAGAAGCCCGACAAUCCAAAUCUCAAGAUGAAAAAGUGGCCUCAGAGUCAUCUCCACCAACUAAGCAAGUUCCAUGUCGAUUGCUAGUAGCUCCACCCCUCACGGAUGCCGUGAAAAUCACCAACAACGCGCCAGAAGACCUCGAAGAAGACGCGGAUGACAUUCAAAGUUUGAACAGUUGGAAUAGUUUUUAA